GUUUGCUUCCUUUAUCUCUUCUUGUUCUUAGUUCAAGUUUGGGUGGAUUGCUGGAGUUAGUGCCCGUUGCUAGCAGACAUUUUUCCUUCCAUACUCUUCCCCAUCUUUUCUUUCCCUCUGUUUUUUUGGCUUUAAUUACAGUGCCCAUGAAUCCUCACUUCUUCCCUUCCUCUUCAUCUUCUUCCUCUUCUUCUUCUUGUUCUUUUGAUUCUUCUUCUUAUACAGUUAUACUGUUAUUCUCUCGAGUGUCUGCCUCGAUCGCACAACCCAUGCACAGUUAAGAGUCAACCAUUUAACCCACAUGCUAGAUUUCAGAAAUUUAAGGAACGGGUAACUACAUCUCCUAACAGAUUCUUUUUUGGGUUUAUCUCUGAUUAUUUGAUAGCUAAAUUUCGAAUCUUGCCUGGCUUUUAGGCACUUUUUUCGUUCUGGGUUUUUGCCGUUUUAGUUAUCUACUUACACUGGGAAACUGUAAGUGUGUUAACAACUCUAUAUCUAGAAAUCGGUUUCUGGGAUAAGCCCUGGUAUAAACACUGGUAUAAACCCUGAUAAGCCCUGUGUUCUCUGGUUCUUUUCCUGGGUUUUGUGGAGGUUUGAAUCACUGUUUUGGCUAGUGGGUCUUUCUUCUUUCCCUUAAUCUUGAGUGUUAGGUGCCUCGUUUCUUGUUCAGGGACUAGGAAGACUGCUUUUUUCAGUUUCUUUGUUGAAUAAAGUAGUGUUUGGUACUUUAAUUUUCCCUCUCUUUAUGCAAUUUUAGCUUUUUUAUUCCUAGUUUAACUGGACGGUUAAGUAUAGAGUUGAUGUUGGAUGCUUUCAUUUUUGUUCCCAAACUCAUCACCCAAGUGAAAUUAAGAAGCAGUGGAAUACCCAGAAGCUAUCUCCAUUUUUUUGGGUUAGAUUUGAAGGCAUUGCAUCUGUUUUUGACGCUAUGCUGUUGCAUUCUUUCUGAGAUCCCCAUGAACUGGUUCAUUAAAAGUGGAUUAAUGGAGAAGAGGAUUGGGUUUCUGGGUUAUAGAGCUAAGAUAUGGCUCAAAUUGUGGGAGAAAAUACCUUCUAGCAUUUGGAAACUCCACAACUGCUAUCAAUAUAUUUGGCCGAAGAAAUUCCCCAGGAGAUGGUGGAAGAACCUUUUGAUUGCCUGGGUUAUUGGUUGGAUCCUAGUGUCGUUCUGGACCUUCUGGUACAUGAGCUCUCUGGUGACUGAGAGAAGGAAAGAGGCCAUUGCGAGCAUGUGUGAUGAGCGUGCUAGAAUGCUACAAGACCAGUUCAAUGUCAGUAUGAAUCAUGUUCAGGCUUUAUCCAUUCUUAUUUCAAGCUUUCACCAUGGGAAGAAUCCAUCCUCUAUUGAUCAGGCAACUUUUGCAAAGUAUACAGAGAGAACCACCUUUGAGAGGCCACUUACCAGUGGUGUGGCUUAUGCUGUUAGGGUGCUCCACCCAGAAAGGGAACAAUUUGAGAAACAACAAGGCUGGACUAUUAAGAGGAUGGAUACAAUGGAACAGACGCAGGUUCAGGAGGACGACUAUGCCCCUGAAACCCAGGAUCCAUCUCCCAUUCAAGAAGAAUAUGCCCCAGUUAUCUUUGCACAGGAUACCAUUUCACAUGUGAUUUCUAUUGACAUGCUUUCGGGGAAGGAAGAUCGUGAGAAUGUAUUAAGUGCUAGAGCGUCGGGAAAAGGGGUCCUUACUGCUCCAUUUAGGUUACUCAAAUCAAAUCGCCUUGGUGUCAUACUGACUUUUGCUGUUUACAAGUCAGAGCUCCAGUCAAAUGCAACCCCAAACGAGCGAAUCCAAGCUACUCUUGGGUACAUAGGUGGAGUCUUUGAUGUAGAAUCUCUUGUGGAGAAGUUGCUAUACCAGCUUGCAAGCAAGCAAACCAUCAUUGUGAAUGUUUAUGACACCACUAAUCUCUUGCAUCCAAUUAGCAUGUACGGUUCAGAUGAAGAUAUUGAUGAUGAGAUGUAUCACAUAAGCACCCUGAAUUUUGGUGACCCGAUCAGGAAGCAUGAGAUGCAUUGCAGAUUCAAGCAGAAGCCACCGUGGCCUUGGUUGGCAAUGACAACUUCAAUUGGUGUUCUUGUGAUAGCAUUGCUUUUGGGGCAUAUAAUCCACGCAACAAUAAAUCGUAUUGCCAAAGUGGAGGAUGAUUACCAAAAGAUGAUGGGGCUUAAAAAACAGGCUGAGGCGGCAGAUGUUGCAAAAUCUCAGUUUCUUGCUACUGUUUCCCAUGAGAUCAGAACUCCAAUGAAUGGUGUUCUAGGGAUGUUGCAAAUGCUCAUGGACACCGAUCUAGAUGUAACACAGCAAGAUUAUGUGAGAACAGCACAGGAUAGUGGCAAAGCUCUGGUUUCACUUAUAAACGAGGUUUUAGACCAGGCCAAGAUUGAAUCUGGUAAGCUUGAACUAGAGGCUGUCCGGUUUGAUCUAAGGGCGAUUUUGGAUGAUGUCUUGUCACUUUUCUCUGGGAAGUCUCAAGACAAGGGGAUAGAGUUGGCAGUGUAUAUCUCUGAUCGGAUUCCUGAAAUUAUAAUUGGAGAUCCGGGGAGAUUUAGGCAGAUCCUCACGAAUCUCAUGGGGAAUUCAAUCAAAUUCACUGAGAAAGGACACAUCUUUGUGACCGUUCAUCUUGUUGAGGAGGUGAUAAACUCAAUCGAAGUAGAGACAGAAGUAUCAUCAAAGAACACCUUGAGUGGGUUGCCUGUGGCAGACAGACGGCGCAGCUGGGAAACGCUCAAGAAGUUCAGUCAAGAGGGACGUAUGUGUCCACAGGCUUUCUUGUCAACCUCCUCAGAACUCAUCAGCAUAAUUGUAUCAGUUGAAGAUACGGGUGUGGGCAUCCCUCUUGAAGCCCAGUCUCGUGUUUUUACCCCUUUUAUGCAGGUUGGACCUUCCAUUUCCCGUACCCAUGGGGGAACAGGUAUUGGACUGAGUAUAAGCAAGUGUUUAGUUGGCAUGAUGAACGGGGAGAUUGGAUUCGUCAGUGAACCCCAGAUUGGGUCCACGUUUACAUUCACUGCUGUCUUCACCAAUGGUUGCUCCAAUUUGAAUGAGUACAAAAACCAGCAGAAUAACCAGACCAAGUCUUCGUACUCAGAAUUUCAUGGGACAAUAGCUUUGGUCGUGGACCCUAGACCUGUGAGGGCAAAGGUGACUAGAUAUCAUCUGCAACGGCUUGGGAUUCAAGUUGAAAUAACUUCUGAUCUGAGUGAAGGUUUUGAUGGCAUAGCCUCGAGAACUGCAGUUAUCAACAUGGUCCUUGUUGAGAAAGAAGUGUGGGAUGAGGAUAUGGAUCUCUCAAAUCGCUUUGUUCACAAGUUGAGGAAGAUUGACCUUGUGGAUCCCUCAAAACUGUUGCUUCUGGAAAAUUCCAUCAGUUCUACCAAAACCAGUUCUGCAAAAUCCAGUGGUCAUACCCUGACUAUUAUCUCUAAGCCUCUCAGGGCUAGUAUGCUGGCAGCAUCUCUGCAACGAGCAAUGGGUGCUGCAAACAAGGUCAACUGCCACAACAAAGGGCUCCCUAUUCUCUCUCUCCGCAAUCUUCUUCAUGGGAAGCGUAUUCUUGUUGUAGAUGACAAUAUUGUCAACCUUAGGGUUGCUGCUGCUGCUUUGAAGAAGUAUGGAGCAGAUGUGGAGUGCAGAGACAGUGGGAAAAAGGCAAUUGCAAUGCUUAGACCACCUCACUGCUUUGAUGCCUGCUUCAUGGAUAUUCAGAUGCCAGAAAUGGAUGGGUUUGAAGCUACAAGAAGGAUUCGGGAAAUGGAAAAUGACAUCAACAGUCGUAUUCAGCAUGGAGAAGUAUCUGCGGAAGCUUGCGGAAACAUUUUGGCCUGGCAUGUACCUAUUUUAGCAAUGACUGCAGAUGUCAUUCAGGCUACACACGAGGAGUGCUCUAGGUGUGGUAUGGAUGGCUAUGUAUCUAAACCAUUUGAAGGAGAACAACUGUACAGGGAAGUUAUACGCUUUUUCAAAUCGAACUCAGAUCCACACCCAAGAGCGGGCACUUAAAACAGGCUUGGUGAGGAUGCAAUUACAAAUGGUUAUUCUUCGGGACGCAUUGAGAGGCUUAAAUUGGUAUUUGGUUGUUAUGAAGAGUUUGCGAGGAAAAAAAAAGAUAUACCUGGUUGUUUGCUGGAGUGUGUUUCUGUGUGCAUGAAAUGCUCAACUAUGAUGGGUGGCCUUUCAUCAUCUGGCAUCCAAUGUAAUUGCAGGACCAAUUGGUCUCACUUCCAUUGGAUUCAAUGCCUGGAUAGCAAAUGUACAGGUGAGAUAUCACAAACUCUAAACUGUAUACUGAGGAUUAUAACUGUGAAAGCCAUGGAGUAGAAACCAUAAAGUUGGAUCAAUCAUGGAAGCUUCAGGAUUUACCAGACAAUGACCCCUACCCAUCUGAUAAUGAAGUUGGGAGCACUGGGGAGAUUCUUUUUGGGUUCCCUCUGUAAAUUGAGGGUGUAUUAUAGAGGUUUAUUUCAUACAGGUAUGAUACUUGACAUGCGCUUUUUCAACAAAAGAAGAAUUGAUCAGUGUACAUUACAAAUCCAAUAAAAGAUGAUUGAAGUUUAUUCACAGUAGCCCUUUGUGUAAAAAGAAGAAGAAGAAGAAGAAAAAAAAAAAAAAAAGAAGAAGCGGAAGCUUAGAUCAAACAACGAAUUGUUGUAACAGUCCUUAAUUUCAAUUGAAGUAUUCUCCUGGCAAUGUGAAGUGUUUAUUAUUGGGUAUUAUAAGAAGCAUCUUGUUUUGUUGGCAAAUUUUUCAACAGAAUUUCUCUCAAUGUAUUGUUUUUCUUUGGGUUGAAUUCCUUUUUUAAAAAAACAUGAGAUUAUAAUGCAAAGUACAGAUUUAAUGUUUCGUGUA